GCACCGCUGCUUUCGGUUCAAACAGUGUUCUAGAAGUCUGAUUUUACUCCUUAAAUUGUUUGAACACGCAAAGAUCAAGGCCUUUGAUUUUAUCGUCAACGCGGGUAUUAAUUACAUAUACAAAGAUUUCAAAGCCAACAAACCCCUGACUAUUAUAAAUAAAGCUUUGCAUGGUCAUUCGUUCAACAAACAGCUCUAUAAAUCCAACAACCAAAUUCAGAACUUUGUUAUAUUUUUCUGAUCUCUGAGAAAACUAGUCUCACUCUUGAUCUUCAACUACAAAAAACUCGUUGAUUUUCUUAAGUCAUGGCAGGACACGAUUCAAAUGGUGCAUCAUGGGCUGAUCAAUGGGAUUACAGCAAUCCAGAUCCGGUAUCUGAAAACAAGAAGAGCAGGAAAAAUACUGUGACCCUUGGUGGUGGGGGUGAAGGAACUAGGAAGAAAAUUGGAGAUGGUUUGGAGAAAACUAAAGGAGUUGCGGUAAGCGGUGCUAAGAAAGUUAAAGAAGGUGCAUCUUUGGGGUUUCAGUGGGUCAAAGAUAAGUACAACAAGAGAACUCAAAAACAGUAGUAGUAUUAUGAAGUUUUUUCUUGAAAUAUUUUCAUUUAUUUUCUUCUUUUAUGUAAUUUUAUUACAUAUAUGUUAUCUAUUCUUUGAUCCUCUGUUGGAUUUUCUUUUCUGUUUUUCUUGUAGUGGUUUCUUGAUUAUCAUUUUUUUUUUGUUGUAGUUUUUCUUUGUUGUACAAAUUCAAAUUUGAGUAUAUAUUAUACAUAAUGAUAGUGUUUUUCUUUUUUUUAC